AUGGACCCUGAAACUUUCAACUGUAAAAAUUUCCCUUUAAUGGAAACUUUACUUCUUGGUGACCUUGACUUAUCUCCAACAUUUGGAAGAGAGGACAAACAUUCACUUAUUUUUCAAAAUUGUUCCAAAAUGGUCACCAUUGAUCUUGCGAACACUAACUUUCCAAUUAUUCCAAAACAAGCUUUUCAGGACAUGUCUAUAGUAGAGAAUAUAAACAUCAGUUCAAAUUAUAUAUUGGAACUGGAUAUUGACCUUAAAAAUAACUUGAACUUGAAGUUAUUAAAUGUGUCUUUCAACCUUGUUAAGUAUUUGUCACCUGAUAUGAUGCAUCAACUUGAUAAAAUUGCUAAUCAACCAGAUCAUGAUCUAGUGCUUGAUCUUCAACACAAUCCACUACUUUGUGGCUGUGAACAAUUGGAAUUCAUUAAAUGGAUGAAAUCAACAGCUGUAAGUUUCCACAACUUUGACUCGUAUUUGUGUCUCAACAAAGACAUUUAUCACAAAGUAUCAACAUUAUCAAUAAGUGAUAUCCAGUUACAAUGCAAAAUGGAGGUCAUCAAGAUUUCGUCUUCCAUUAGUGCCACAUUUCUGUUUAUCAUCAUGAUGGGUGUGGUGCUUUACAUGAAACGCCAUAGAAUGGAGUACCUUUUCUUGUUGAGCAGACAAAUGGCCCGUAGAUUGAUUGGCAGAACACGAUCUAGAGGUAACAGACUAUACAAAUACCAUGGGUUUGUAUGCUGGAGCAGCCAGGAAGAUAUCUCAAUAAUUGUGUUAAUUCAAGGAAAACUGGAAAUGGAUUUCGGACUUCGCCUUGCCAUUGGUGAUCGGGAUUUCGAAGUAGGUGGCUAUAUAAUUGACAAUAUUGUACAUUUCAUCACAGCAAGUCGUAAAACAAUCAUAUUUCUGAGUAACAACUAUUUGAACAGCAAAUGGUGUAUGUUUGAGCUACAAGUUGCAAUGAACAAGAGCCAAGAGGUAGAGUUUGACACAGUCGUAAUGAUUCUUCUUCAUGAUAUCAACGAUUUAGACAAGACAAAGAUGCCACCAAGCCUGACAAAUUAUUUGAAGCGCAAGACAUAUCUACAAUGGCCGGCAUCCUCUGCACAGCAACCAGCCUUCUGGCUACGUCUAAGGAUGCUCUUGAUUUUGGAGAAAUACAGAAUGAUCAGCUUUUGGUUGUCAAUCCUGGAGAAAAUAACCCACUUGAACAAAAUGAUGGGUCCCAUAAUAUAGAUGUAAGGGAACAAAAUGAUCAGUCAUUGGUUGUCAAUCCAGAAGAAAAUGAUCAGGUUGAACAAAAUGAUGAAUUUCAAAUUGAUGUGGCAUUAGAUGAACAAUCUAUUGAUGAGGAUAUAACUGAUAGAGUACCAUUACUGAGGCUAAAGUAACAUUAAAGGAUUUAAGCCCAAGGGUCAAUGAACUGUGGAAGAUUAAGCCUAAAGGUCUUGAAUAAAUUUUGAAUGAGGGCGGGAGAGCAAAACAAGACUAGAGUAUGUGACACAAUAGCAAGUGCAUUAAAUCAUCUACAAAUUGUUGACUCAUGUGCUUAAAUUCUUUUCAUCCAUAGCUAAAGAUUCUGGACAAUAUUACUAAAAAGAAGUCAAACAUGACCGUUCUCUAAUUGAGUCUCUAAACCAAUUAGAAUGCAGCAUUGCCAUUCUCUAAUUCUCCAUACAUGAAUGAUCAUGCAUAAUGCACAUCCGGGAAUUGUAUUGUGAUGUUUCAUCUAUGACUCUGUCUGAAGCUGAAUUUCACCAUAUUGAAUUAAAUUCAACCAGAAACUUGCAUGGUUACUAUUUUGGCUCAUAACUUCUUUCUUUAAAAAUAAUUUAUCCUUAAAAUGAGUUAAUGAGUUCUGAUUGGCAGGAAUAUGGUAUCAUGCCUAAUUAUAUGUGAAAAAAAUAAUUUUAAAAACAAAAAAUAACACAAUUUACAUUUCUUGGGCUCUGUAAAAAAAACUUUUUGUUCUCUUCAAAAUAAUGACAUGUAAUUCAGAAGCAUGUAAAUAUUGUUUCAUGGUCAGGUGACCAUAAGCUUUGAAACUUAAAUGUACCAUAUAAUCUCAGUUUUAGACAUUUAAAGAAAAUGGAUUAAGUAAUAUGUAUAUAUGCCCCACAAUAAAUCAUUAUGUCAUUAUGUGUAUGUUUUGUUGAGAUUAUAUACAUGCUAAGUACCACAAAACAAGACUCAUGACGUCAAAAAGAUCACACCAUCAAAAAACUUUCAAAAUGGCAACCCCAAAAAAUGGCUGCCUAGAAGUUAAUCAGCUCUAGAACUCGAUAUCCUCUAUCAUGUGCGCUUUGGAGACAAUCUAACAAGCAAUUUUCCUGAAAUGGCGAUGACAAGAUUUAUCGGAAAACCUUCAAAAUGGCCAACAGAAAACAAGAUGGCCGCCCAAAAGUUAAUCAGCUCUAGAACUUGAUAUCCUCUAUCAUGUGUGGAAAUUUGGGAAGAAUCUGAUGAGCAGUUUACCUAAAAUGGCAAUGACAA